UUUCCAAAUAUCACAAGCAAAAGAAAGCCCGCUUGCAAAGUAAAAUAAAAACAGGCUUUCUUCUCUUUCUCACACAUAUCAAGCCUCCAGCAACCACCACCGUGAAUUUGAAACGCACUAAAAGUCUCGAAGAUCAUGACCAAGCGCAGUGUCUUUUCGCUCUCAAUUCUACUUGUUUUUCUCUUCCAUGUUAUUAACACUUUAGCCCAGCCCACCGCGGCUCCAGUCCAAUCCACCGUGGCUCCAACCCCACCAGCCAAUGCUCCAGCCAAGCCGGCAACACCCCCAACCUCAGCUGCCACGCCUCCCGCCUCACCUGCCAAGCCUCCAAUCCAAUCUGCCAAGGCGCCUGCCCAAUCCGUCCAAGUACCUGUACAAAAAGGCUCUAUUGACGUCACAAAAAUCCUUGCGAAGGCCCGAGGUUACUCAGUCUUCAUCCGUCUCUUAAAGAGCACUGGACUUGCUGCGCAAUUAUAUGGACAACUCAACAAUUCAAACAAUGGGUUCACCGUCUUUGCACCUACGGAUACUGCAUUUUCAAACCUCAAACCGGGUACUAUAAACUCUCUAUCUGACCUACAAAAGACCCAACUAAUACAAUUUCACAUCUUGAACUCUGUGAUCGGUCUGUCCAACUUCCAAACUCUAAGCAAUCCAGUGCCAACAGAGGCCGGUGAUACUAGCGCUGGAGAAUUCCCCCUAAAUGUGACCACUGCCGGCAACCAAGUGAACAUCUCGACCGGCCUUGUGAAUACCACAAUGGGUGGUACAAUAUAUUUUGAUAACCAGCUUGCGAUAUAUCGAGUGGAUAGUGUGCUUCUUCCAUUGGACAUUUUUUCUCCUAAGCCUAAAAAGGCUGCUGCCCCUAAACCGGCAUUGACAGACAGCUCAAAUACUACGAAUACUGCAGAGAGUCCAUCUGCUGCUGCUGGUGGUGCUACUGAUUCUUCUUCUACAACGGACACCGAUGCUACCAAAGUAAACGCGUCUGGUGUAGUGAACCUCAGGGCAAACAAGAUUUUGUUACCGAUCGGAAUUGCUGUGAUUGCAUUCUUUGUGGCCUAAGGAACUUGACGGCGUAAUAUUACCAGCUUGAAUUCUGGAAUGCAUUGUUUUUAACGCAUUGUUUUUCCCUCGGUGGAAUCAUUUUAUUUAAUGUAUUGCUUCUCUA